AUGGCAACUGCCAGAUCCCUGCGGGAUCAACUCACGCACGCCGCCGGGUCCGCACGUGUUGUCAUCCGCUGUCUAAAUGGCGGCCGCGAUCUCCAAGAACCCUCCCAACGGGCUACAAUGCUCUUAAUAGACAUCCUUGACACCCUUCAUCGACUUAAGAACCAGAUCUGCUGCGGCGCUGAGGACGAGCAAUGGCUCACCGAACCAUCGAGGCUCUUGGCCUUGGGCGAGAUUUUGGGUUGCUUCACGGCGACUAUGAAGUCUAUGGAGCUUUAUUUCCAGCCUGGUGGGGUGGGGGUGACGUAUUUCCGGAAGAAUUUGCUUGAAAAGACGUUUUUGGCGCGGUUGGAACAGUAUAAGGCUAUGUUGCUACUUUCGCUACAGCCGGGUUCCAGUGAACGAUUGUUGUUUCUGGAUGAGAGGAUAAGGUCAAGUCUCAGGCUGCUGCGGGAGGUAGAGUCCGGACCGAACAUCGAUCCUCAGCUCGAAGAGCGUGCACUGGGAAUUGCUAGUCGGCUUACAUCCCAACAUUUCAUUACUCUCGCAGACUUAUGUAGCCGCCGAAUGCAAGGGUCCAGUGGAUGGAUUUUCGAUGAUGAAGAAUAUAACCGGUGGCUGCUGGGCUCCACCAAGACAUUGUACUGUGUCGGCCCUCCUGGUGUGGGCAAGACCUUUCUAUCAGCGUCUAUUAUAGAUUCCUUACAGCGAACAUUCACAUCACCCGAUGUAGCAACGGUAUUCGUUUUAUGCGAGGACGAGACACAAAAGGAGCAGACAACACUGGAUUUACUACAAAACAUCCUUGCGCAGCUCAUUUACCGCAGACGGAGCCUUUCCCAAGCCUCGUCCGCCCUAUACCAUUUUGAGUCUACCGUUGAGGGGAAAGCGCCAGCCAAAGCAUAUUUAAAUGCUAUUCGCGCCGAGGUGGACCAAUUUUCGAAAGUAUUCUUCAUCAUCGACGGGCUGGAUAUGCUUUCUGACAAGGAUCGCUUUCUGUCCCGCCUCCAGAAGCUCCCGGAUCAGGUGCAACUUCUGGUCACUCUGCGAGAGGCUACAGAGGUUGGAGAUGUCUCCUAUGUGACGGUUCUGGCUCCACAUCAUGACCUUAAAGCGUACGCUAUUUCCCGGAUCGAGGAGGACCCAGACCUUACACGUCUUCUCAAACGGAAAUCGGACCCCGGGCUAUACGAGAAUGCGGUUAAUAUGGUGGCGGAUAGGAGUCAUGGAUUGUUUCUACUUGCCAAAAUAAACCUCGACCUUCUUAGCCGCCAUGCCCGGAAGACUCAGGGCGGCCAAUUUGAUCGGGCCUUAAUAUACUUCCCGCAAAGGCUCACUGAGGCAUACGGAGAAGCAAUGAAAGAGGUUGUUAGCCAUAGCCCCAAAGCAACCGCCUAUGUUUACUGGACUUUAUACUCUCUUCGCCCUUUAUCUGUAGGGGAAUUGAAGCGUGCCAUCAACAGUACUGACAGUGAAGCGGAGGACGAUUCUAUGAGUUUUGAGCAUUCUCUUGAAACCCAAAGUGCCGGAAUGCUCACUGUUGAUGCUGUAAGCGGCACCGUCCGUUUCGUGCAUAGGACAGCAAAGGAGUACCUGACUGGCGCCCCAGGCAGGGUAUUCUUUCCCACGGCCCAGAAGGAUAUUGCUGAGACUUGCCUUACUGCCAUUUCGCCGGACGAGGUAGUUGAUGAUUGCUACUAUAAUGGCGGCACAUCUACUCGUAGCUCUGAAAAUGGGUUCCUUAGUUAUGCUGCCACGUAUUGGGGGGCUCAUGCGCGAGAAGUCGCCGAAGAUGAACAGACAAUCCAGGUUUUGAUCAAGACCUUUCUCAACAAACUGCUCUGGAGACGCCCACCUCUACAGGUUCUAACCAAUGAGCCCAGGAUCCCAUCAGAACUGGGUUUAGGGAAAUACCCGCAGGACUGGACCGCGCUUCACUUUCUCGCUUACUUUGGCAUUGUGAGCAGAUCGAAACGUCUUCUGGCACAGGGUGCAAGGCUCGACGAAAAUGAUAAUUCGUUCCGAAUCACGCCUUUGCAUUGUGCGGCCAGUCGUGGGCACUUGGAAUUGGCUGAGUUCUUGCUCGACAAUGGUGCUGAUGCCAACUCGGUUGCGCGUGAUGGCAGUACACCUUUACACUUGGCCACGCAGUAUGGCCAGCGGCCAAUCUUGAAGCUACUUCUUCAUCAACCUGUAAAUCCACAGGUCGCAAACGAAGAGGGUGAAACAGCUCUCCAGCUCGCGGUGAAGACCGAAUGGGACGAAGCUACCGUUCCUCUUCUUGUGAAGAACAAAGUGGACGUGAACAACCGGAAUAUCCGCACAGGAGACACAGCCCUACAUCUUGCAAUAAGAUGGAGACGAAUCCGUAUCAUGCAGCACCUUCUCGAUAAAGGCGCCUCAAUCGACAUGACCAACGAGGACGGCUUCACCCCUCUCCAGCUUGCCGUAAAAGUUGACAACUGCGAGGCCAUCUCAGUCCUCCUCCAGCGCCGCCCAAAUAUAGAAGCUCGCUCUCUAUCCGGAUUCACUGCACUCCAAAUAGCAGCUUACGAAGGACACUGGGUCGCCUUUGACCUCCUCGUCAUCGCCGGCGGGGACAUCAACGCUUGGAACAAGGAAGGCGAAUCCCUCAUCCACGAACAAGCCCGCAAAGCAACAAGCCCCUCCAUCGCCUCCAAACUCCUCGCCCAAGGCGCAGACAUCGAACUUUUUAACAACAAAGGCCUAAGUCCGCUGCAUUGCGCCGCCACAGCUGCAAACAAAACAAUGUUCACCUUUCUCCUCGAUCAAGGCGCCAAACCCACAACUUUAACCGGCAACGCCGAAUCCCUCCUCCACAUCACACCACCCAUCUCGCAAGACGGCCUGGUCAUUCUCAAACUUGCCCUCCUGGACCUCGGCCUCGGACACCCAGACGACAUCAACACCCCCUCAAAAAGUGGCUGGACACCCCUACAUCAAGCCGUCUAUAUCGGCACCGGCGCUCCAGAUCACGCCUUCCCCCAAAUCUCAGAAUACAUCCACCUCCUUCUCGGACAGAACGCAGACGUGAAUUCCCGCCUCCAAGCCUCUGGAAACGCCGAAACACCAUUACACCUUGCUGUCUCUGCGAUCCUUCCAAGGCCAGACCUGAUCACCCUCCUGAUCUCUGCGGGAGCCAACGUCAACGCCCAAACAGCUGACGGGAAAACACCGCUCCAUCUCGCCGCAGAGCGAGGCCGCGAGUCCAUCUUCAGACUUUUGUACGAGGCCGGAGCGGAUAUGUCCCUUGAGGCGCCGGACAGCGCAAAGGCGGACGAUGGGCACGGAGACGGGGUGGGCAAUACGGCGUUUGAACUUGCAUUGAGGAAUCCGUUUGGGAGACAAUGGUUUGAAGUUGAUGGGAAGUUGAAGCCGCCUCCUGUUUGGGAUCAGAAGAGGGAUAGUGUGGGGACGGUCAUUGAAGAGGAUUUGGGGCUUGAAGGGGGUGAUGUUGAGGCUAGUGAAGCGGGUGAAGGGGAGGAUGAAGAUGGGGAUGGCUUUGAGGAUGUAGAUGCAGUUUCACAGCCGCAGAAUGGGAUUUCGGGUGUGGAUGUGGCUGUGUCUAAGAAUGGGGUUGUGGAAGUUUUGAAUGGGAAUGGGCGUAGGAGUGGCAGUGGUAUAGAAAAAGAGAAGGAUGUUGCUGUUUCAUUGAGGAAUGAGACCCUGGGAAAUGGCUCGCCGUAUGUGAUUGUUUGA